AUGGUAGCCCUCGACCUCUCCCUCCUCAACUCUCCCACCCAAAGCCAACUCUUCUGCAAUGACCUCCUCGCUACCCUCAAAAGCCGCGGCGUCGCCCGUCUCGCCAACCACGGCAUCCCUGAAGAAACCAUCAACAAGCUCUUCGACAUGACCCGCAAGUUCUUCGCCGCGUCCCACGAGGAUAAAAUGAUUGCGAAGCAUCCACCCGAGUCGACUCCGAAUCGCGGAUAUAGUUAUGUUGGACAGGAGUCCGUGGGGAAUAUUAGUGGUUUUGAGAAGGGUGUAUCGCAGGUGAAGAGUGUGAAGGAUAUUAAGGAAACAUUCGACAUGGGCUCCCCCACCGACACACUCGUCGACAACAUCUGGAUGCCCGAGGACAAAGUCCCCGGCUUCAAAACUUUCAUGGAAGACUUCUACGCGCAAUGCUUCGCCCUCGAACAAACCAUUCUCAUCGCCCUCGCGCGCGCCCUCAACGUCCCUGAAUCACAACUCGUAUCCCUCCACUCCGCGGCCGAAAAUGAAUUCCGUCUGCUCCACUAUCCCGCCAUCCCAGUCUCGCUGCUCAAAGAUGGUACCUCCACCCGCAUCGCCGAACACACUGACUUCGGGACCAUCACGAUGCUCUUCCAGGAUUCCACAGGUGGUCUACAGGUCGAGGAUCAAACGUGCCUGGGAACAUUCCACGGGAUCGAGUCGAACAAGACGGAUAUCAUCCUGAAUAUCGGGGAUUCGCUGCAGAGGUUGACGAAUGAUACCUUCCGCGCUGCGUGCCAUCGGGUUACGUACCCUCCUACUGUGAAGAUCAAUGAGGGCGAGGGUGAGGAAGAGGAUGAGGUUAUUCCGGAACGGUAUUCGAUUGCGUACUUUGCGAAGCCGAAUCGGAAUGCGUCGUUGUUGCCGUUUUCGGAGUUUGUGGAUGAGGGGAGGCCGUGUCGAUAUAAUGAUUUGACGGCUUGGGAGUAUAAUAAUUUGCGGAUUGGGAAGUUGUAUCAAGUUGCUUAG